AUGGUCGUCUUUGAACCGUUACCAUUAAUAACAGCAUCUGUUUCCAUCGAUGAACAUCAUCUUAUCAUAGGAACACAUUCCUGCCCGCAAUCAAUAAAGAAAAUCAAGACCACCAUUGCUGCUGGGGCAACUCCGAUCCUGAUCAACCCAUCGCAUGAAUCACACAUCAAAGAAAUAUCUUCUAUAUUUCUUAACGAGUCCGGGUUCCAAUUGGCCACAAGAGGGUUCCAAUUAUCUGAUCUAACGACACUGGGCAGAACCCAAGUACAGAGAGUCGUGGAUAGAGUAUUCAUCAAUUUAUCACCGGAGGAAACUCCAUUGACGAGAAAGAUAUAUGAGCAAUGUGUCAAAUUGAGAAUCCCCGUCAAUGCCUUCCAAAGACCCGAGUAUUCCACUUUCCAUAUGAUUCCUACAUUUACAGAUCCAAAGGGGAGUGGAUUGCAAAUCGCUGUGACCACUAAUGGAAGAGGUUAUAUUUUAGCAAAUAGAAUCAAGAGAGAAAUUGUAAAUAAGUUGCCUAGUAACAUCUCUCAGGUGGUAACAAAUAUGGGUGCAAUUAGAGAUCAAAUCAUUCAUGAAGACCAUGAAAUACUGUUAAGAGAGAAAUAUUUGAAGACUGAACUUUCUAGAGAUAAGUUGGGUUAUGGACUGGAUGAUGACACAUGGGAGAGUCAUAAGUUUAAUAGAUUGAUCAAAGAGUUUGAGAUGACAAAUGCUGAACAGAAAUUAAAAAGGACUAGAUGGUUAUCUCAAAUUAUGGAAUAUUAUCCAUUAAAUCAAUUGGCAAACGUUACCUUGGAUCAACUGGAUGAGAACUCCCACACACCAAUCAAUUUACCCUCUCCAAAUAAUCCUGACAAUCACGAGAAUUCUCAAUCCAUCAACCCAGAAACUCCAGCCAAUACUGAAAAUAACAGCGAAGUUCAACUAGGUGUCCAUCUAAGAUCGAAGUCUCCGAACUCUAUUGGCAAGGGUCGUAUUUCUUUAGUCGGCAGUGGCCCUGGUUCCGUAUCCAUGCUAACCUUAGGUGCUCUUCAUGAAAUCAAGACAGCAGAUAUAAUAUUGGCAGACAAAUUAGUCCCACAGGCGGUUUUAGAUUUGAUUCCACAAGGAACUGAAACUUUCAUUGCACGUAAAUUCCCAGGUAACGCUGAACAUGCUCAAGAAGAACUAUUACAAUUAGGAUUAGACUCAUUAAAGCAAGGCAAAAAAGUAGUGAGAUUAAAGCAGGGGGAUCCAUAUAUCUUUGGACGUGGUGGUGAAGAAUAUCUCUUCUUUACGCAAAAUGGGUUUGAGCCUUUAGUACUCCCCGGAUUAAGUUCAUCACUUGCAUCAACUGUGGUAUCCAAGAUACCUGCCACUCAAAGAGCCAUUGCAGACCAAGUCUUAGUUUGUACUGGAACUGGAAGGAAGGGUGCACUUCCUGUGGCACCAGAAUUUGUGCCGACGAGAACUACAGUCUUCCUUAUGGCAUUGCAUAGAUCAGAUGUAUUAAUCAAGACAUUAAUAGAUGCUGGAUGGGACAAAAAUGUACCUGCCGCCAUCGUUGAAAGAGCGUCAUGUCCAGACCAAAGAGUCACCAGGACCUUAUUAAGAUAUGUCCCAGCUACCAUUGAAGAGAUAGGAUCAAGACCUCCUGGGCUAUUGGUUGUUGGACAUGCAGUCAAUGCUUUAAUAAAUGACUCCAACUUACAAUUCACUGAAGCGUCUAAAUAUUACAUCGAGGAAGGGUAUCACGAAUUUGAAAUGAAUUUUGACAACUUGUUACAUUAA